AUGGCCUGCGGUCAGGAACCGACGUCAUCUAGCGACUGCCAUGGUCAAGGUGGUCAAUCUCGGGAUCAUAGUGUCCUUUCGCGCGCUCCAGACUCAACACAUUUGCCGUGGUACCGGACACUCCCGUGGCACCUGUUCCUGGAUGAAUCGGUCGCUCAAGAACCGAUUUUGUCUCCUGGCAUUGUUGCCAUGUUGAUGGACCUGGCGUCGGUUGUGACGCCUCUCCUGCUCCAGACUCGACAGAUAUUCUUCGCUGGCAGGGCGUUACGGAACAGUCUUGUUGACGACGGACUGAUGUCGCUUCGUGGCUGGCGUGGACAUGAGGAUGGCCGUGACGUCUCUCCCGUUCCAGGAUCAGCAAAUUUAACCUAUGCAGACGUCAUGACAACGCUCCAACUCGUGUUCGGAGGCGUCGAAGCUGGUAGCGUUUUGUCGGUGCAGCUUCGCGAGCUCCAAGUGUUAAUCGUGGAAACGGCUGUUAGCGGUGAUAAAGACGUGGCGGCGCGCUAA